GUCAAACUUGACCAACGCUGAGAUCUCACGUCGGACCGCUUUGUGGUGUUUCUCAACAAUGGAGCGGAAAGUUGCUCGAGAAUUUAGGCACAAGGUGGAGUUGCUGAUUGAAAAUGAAGCAGAAAAGGAUUACCUGUAUGACGUCCUCCGCAUGUAUCACCAGUCGAUGGAUUUGCGAGUGCUGGUGGGAGACCUAAAGCUGGUAAUUAACGAACCAAAGCGUCUCCCCUUGUUUGACGCCAUCCGACCUCUGAUCCCUCUCAAACACCAGGUGGAGUAUGACUUGCUCACCCCCAAGAGGUCAAGGAAGCUAAAAGAGGUGCGUUUGGAUCGGACUAAUCGUGAUGGUCUAGGUCUGAGCGUCCGAGGAGGGCUUGAGUUUGGCUGUGGUCUUUAUAUAUCCCAGAUUAUAAAAGAGGGACAAGCUGAUAAUGUGGGCCUACAGGUUGGUGAUGAGAUUGUGCGUAUCAAUGGAUACUCAAUUUCCUCCUGUAUCCACGAGGAGGUCAUCAGUCUCAUCAAGACAAAGAAUGUCGUGUCACUCAAAGUUCGACACGUGGGGAUGAUCCCAGUGAAAACCUCAUCAGAUGAACCCCUGAAGUGGCAGUUUGUGGACCAGUUUGUUUCUGAAUCGGGGGAGAAAAAAAGCAGUGUGGCCGGUUUGGCAUCCAUUGGAGGAAAGGAGAUCAAGGAGAAGAAAGUUUUCCUCAGUCUUGUGGGUACCAAGGGCAUGGGCAUCAGCAUAUCCAGUGGUCCAACCCAAAAACCUGGUAUAUACAUCAGUAACGUCAAGCCAGGCUCCCUCUCUGCAGAAGUUGGGCUUGAGGCUGGAGACCAGAUUGUGGAGGUGAACGGAGUGGAUUUCACUAACAUGGACCACAGAGACGCCGUGAAAGUCCUGAAGAGCAGCAGAAGUUUGACUAUUACAGUUCUGGCAGGAGCUGGCAGUGAGCUGUUUAUGACAGAUGAGGAGCGUCUGGCACUGGAGGCCCGCAGGGACGUGGAGAGGAAGGAGCUGAUGCACCAGAAGAAGGUGGCACUGGAGACCAACAAAAUCAUUAAAGAGCAGCAGGAGAAGGAGAGACAACGAAAGAUGGAGCUCUCUCAGAAAGCUGCAGAAGAGGAGGAGCGUUAUCAGAAGGAAAUGGAAAGGAUUGAAGCUAUGGAGAAAAAACACAACAGAGAGUGGGAGGAGGACUAUGGUACUGACAGACCCAAGAGCCCUAAAUCCAGUCCAAAGGUCCCAUCACCAAGAACCACCCCAACUCCAAAGGCCAAAAGUUCUCUCAACUCUUUCGCUGAGGAAGAUGAGGAAGAUGAGGAAGAUGAGGAGGAUGAGGAGGACGAGGAGGACAGAGAAGGAUUUCAGAAAUAUGUGGAUGACUUUGACCCCUUCUCCAUGUUCUCUGCGGACCAGAUAGCCGGCCGAGAUGUGAGGCAGCUGCGAAUCAAAAAGGAUGGAAACCUUGACCUGGCGCUGGAGGGGGGAGCAGACUCUCCUUUGGGGAAGUUGGUGGUAUCUGCAGUGUAUGAGGGUGGUGCUACUGAUAAGCACGGUGGGAUUGUACCCGGGGAUGAACUCAUGGCUGUGAAUGGGAAGAUUCUGAUUGAUGCCACACUGACUGAGGGGCAAAACUCUCUGACUCGAGCCUGGAGCAGUGGAGGGGAUUGGAUCGAUGUGGUGAUCGCUGUGGCCCCCCCAAAAGACUAUGAGGAUGAAGUGACGUUCUUUUGAUCUCAUCUACAACCUGCCAAGAAAACCAGACUAAUUGAGAAGCUUAUAAUUUUUGAUUCUUCCACGAUUCACCAAUCGCAACACGACACAUCAACUUGCCCAACAUGGUCUUUUUGUCUUUACUUGGUUUUUCUUUCUAAAAUCGAGCCAUGCUGUCUAUAUGAGCUGUCACUGUCUUGGCUUGGUAAUGGAUGGUCCAGUCAAUAUGCAGUUGUCACCACCAAUCUUCAUCGCUUCUUCUAAUUUAGACACACCUGAGCUUUCCUUUCAUCUGUCAGUAUAAGAAAGGGGGG